AUGAUCAAUGAGAAAGACCAACUUCAGCAACGUUUUGUCAAAUUCAAUGUCGAGAGCCUCUGCUAUCAAGCCUCGUCACUUUUUGGCGAUGCUACUAAAUGCGUUCGCAUCGUCAAGUUGGAAGGAAACUUUAACAAAGCUUUCCUGCUCACAAUGGACAACGGCAGCGAGGUCGUCGCGAAGAUUCCUUGUCCGAAUGCAGGAACGCCCUCCCUGACGACGGUGUCUGAGGUGGCGACGUUGAAGUUUUUGCGAUCAUAUACUUCGAUCCAGGUUCCGGAAGUGUUAGCUUGGAGUUCAGACGCAGCAAAUCCAGUAGGUGCUGAGUAUAUCAUUAUGGAGAAGAUUCCAGGGGUUCCGCUCGCCGAAAGAUGGGAAACAAUGAAAAUUCUAGAGCGCUACAAAGUAAUCGACCGAAUUGUCGCAAUGGAGAAAGAGCUUGGGAGCCUGCAGUUCCCGGCCUAUGGGAGUCUCUUUCUACGAGAAUCUGUGCCUUCUGAAUAUCGCCAUUAUGCACUGUCCUCGGCCUUGGAUCCUGCCAAAUUGUUCUGUGUUGGGCCAUCAUGUGAUCAAUCAAUGUGGCACAAAUACUUGGCUGACGAGUCCAAAGCUGUGCAGGAUGUCGGACCAUGGACCUCUCUUUCGGACUUUGCGCUAUCAAUUCCACAACGAGAAUUGAGGUUCAUUGCAAAUGAGGCAGCUGAGGUACAGCAUCAUCUUAAUUGUUUCAGCGAGAGACAGUCAGUCGACGAAUACAGCGACCUUUUACAAAAAGUGAAGGAUAUUCUUCCUAUUCUGUCACAUCAUCCACGUGUGGUGGAAGUGGCGGGACCAGCCUUGUCGCAUACUGAUUUGCAUUUGGGAAAUAUCUUCGUCUCCUCUGACGACCCCACUGCCAUCGAAGGAAUAAUUGAUUGGCAGUCGGCUCAGAUUGCUCCCUUGUUCAUACAGGCUCGAUUUCCGGAGUUUCUGAGGCCGCCAAAGGAUUACAACCCAGGCACCGCAAUCCCCAGUUUACCGGACAAUUUUGAGGAAUUAAAUCCCGAGCAAAAGGAACGAGCUAUGAAGGACAAGACGUUGGCUACCCAGUCUAAAUACUAUGAAAUGUCUUGCCUUGCAUACAACAAACAUGUCCAUAAGGCCAUGAGGCUUGACCGGAGUCUUUGGGAGCCUUUUACGUGUUGCCAGCUUUUCUCAAAUGGCAGCUUGGUCCCACUAAGAAACUCACUUAUACGCAUUUCCCAGUACUGGGCGCAUUUGGAACUUCCAGGAAGCUGUCCCUUUGCGUUUCCCGAAGAGGUGUUAGACAUGCACAAUGAACAGGUAGUGAAGUAUCAGGAUAUGCUCUAUUUGCGUGACAUUGUGAAGACCCAGCUUUGCACAGAUGACAGGGGCUGGAUCCCAAUAGAACGAUGGGAGGAGACAAACAAGAUGAAUAAAUAUCUCUUCGACAUGUAUAUCGAGACUAUGAGUGAGGAGCUAUCACCAGAUGCAGCUGCGAAGACAUGGCCCUUUCCACCGAAUGGCUCUUGCGUUUGA